UUUCCCUGGCUGUCAGUCUAUCAAUGUCAGUCAUUUAGAGUCACGCCCAAACCUGCGUGAAAUGGUGUAGGUUGUUUUAAACUAACUUACGCCGUCUGGAACUAAAACCUGCAGUCGGUGUACAUCGGCUUGGGCGAAAUGGUCUUUUCCUACCUCUGUGUGUAAAUGGGCUACAUUUUUGUCGUGCUGAUGGGUUAUCCUUUUGUUUACAACAUUUUGAUCCUUGAGUGUACCACAAGAUGUUAGCCGGGCGACACUUUUAGGGAGGAAGCACUUGUAUAACCUUCUAACAGGUUUGUAGAAGUCAUGGCAAAGAGUUCACCAGACGGGUCGAAGGAGGACCUUAACAAAAUUUCAGAUGAAGAGCUUCUGAAGUGGAGUAAGGAGGACCUCAUCCGCAGGUUACGGAAGGCAGAGACUGAAAAGAUGAGCCUGAUGUUGGAACACGGGAACUUGAUGAAGGAUGUGAACAAGAGGUUACAAGUGCACCUUCACGAAAUCCGAGGGCUGAAGGAGGUGAACCAGAAGCUCCAGGACGACAACCUUGAGCUGAGGGAACUGUGCUGCUUCUUAGACGAUGACCGGCAGAAGGGGAAGAAGUUGUCCAGAGAAUGGCAGCGGUUUGGGAGGUAUACUACCACGGUGAUGCACAAGGAUGUGGGGAUGUACUACCAGAAACUGAAGGAGCUGGAGGUGAAGCAGGAGGCCCUGGCUAGGGAGAACUUGGAGCUGAAGGAGAUCAUCCUCAUGCUGGAUGAGGAGAGGAGUGGCGCUGGUUCCCGCAGCUCUAUUGACAGUCAGACGAGUUUGACCAAUUUGAAUGGGGUUUCGGGGACCAGGGACGUGGGGGAUGGGAGCAGCACUUCUAGUGCUGGAAGCGCUGGUAGCCCCGAUCACCAUCAUCUUAAAGCUCCAGAGAACAAAGUCGGGGUCAUCCGGAGAUCAUUGGAUGAUCUGUCAGCACCACUGCACCACAAAAGCAUCCCAAAUGGACUGGAGUCCUCUUCAAAUUACAUUCGGCAACUUGAAACUAAGGUCAGAUUGCUGGAAGAUGACAAUAAACUUCUUUCACAGCUUGCUGGUCGCAACAGUUUGCCAAGAAAUUUCACACAGCAGUCCAGCUCAGGGGACCUGAAGUCAUUGAGAAAAGGUUUAUCUCCUUACCAUUCCGAAUCUCAACUUUCUUCUUUGCCCCCAUAUGCAGAGUCAGUGCAGAACGGACCUGCCCGAAUGAUGAGCCCUGACCUCUCUGCUACAGCCCGCGCUGAAUUUGCUGUACAAAAACCAGAGGCAGUAGUACAUGCCAUGAAGGUCCUUGAAGUCCAUGAGAAUCUAGAUCGGCAGUUACCAGACUGCUAUGAAGAGGAUCUGAGUGAAAAGGAGAAAGCUAUCGUUCGAGAAAUGUGCAAUGUUGUUUGGCGUAAACUAGGAGAUGCAGCAAGCUCCAAACCUUCCAUACGACAACACCUUUCAGGAAAUCAGUUUAAGGGCCCGUUAUAGUGGACAUCUCAAAACAGCUUAAUCUGAAGAACAAAAAAUGUCACCAUUUGGGAAUCUGGCAUUUAAAAACCUUCUGGUGUGUAAAUAUGGCAGCUGAUGGUCCAUAUCUAAUCCAUUUUGUUCCACAUUCUUAAUUAGAAGCUAGAUGCCCCAAAUGGCAGAUUUCCACCCCCUUUUUGUGGUACUUGUUUGUACCAUAUGUGUAAUGGCUGUGGAACAGUGGCAUAUAUAACUAAUGAACUGACACAUUUGUGUGUACUGUCUUUGUAUGCACUGAUAUUCAUCUGUCAUGAGUUCUGAAUGAAAGGACAUUGUUAGGGGUGAAAGUCAUUGAAGGCUUCUACUCUUAUUUUUUUUUUUUUUUAUGUUAGCUUAAAAAGCUGAAUGACAUGGAAGAUAUAUUACAUCUCAAGAUGUGGCCAGAUUUUGGUCGCUUAAAAAAUAUUAAUAAAGAAAGGGCAAGAUAAAAAUGUUAAUUUGCCCCUUGUAGUUCACAGUUGAGAAGGAUUAGAUACUGUACUUGUUGUAUGUUAUACUAGGCAAGUCUCUUUUAACAUUUACUUUGCACAUAACGUAACUCAAAAGUGAAUAGAACUGUAGUCAUAUUUUACAAAAGAAGAUGUAAAAAGACUUUUUUUUUUUUUUUUUUUUUUACUUUGUACAUCAGGUACAAGGGUCAAUACUUUUGUUGAGUGUGGUUACUUAUUGUCUGUAUUAUAUUUAUAUCUUGAAAAAUUAUGGCUUCUUUGAAACAGAAAUGUUCUAAAAAUGAAAGAGAAUGAAGCUGCAGUGUCUUAAAGGAGGUCAGAAUUUGUGCAUUAGAAGUUUCUUUAUAGAUUAAACGGGGGAGAGGUAUUGCUCCUGAUACUGCAGACGUAGAACCAAAAGUCAAGCUUUAUGCUUGAUCCACAGAGUGAUACUGUGAAAUUCUGUACUUGCAGAACCCCAAAGCCAAUGCUGCCCCCCUUCAUAUUAGGCAGUUGUAUUAAACAACCACAAGUAUGUCUCUCUCUCUCUAAUUUCUUAGUAAUAAAUGGGAGCUAUUCACAUCAUCAUUGUUUUGAGUAGAGUUGGCAGAGAGUUUGCCUAAUGGACAUGCUGCCUAAGGUUUACAUAUGCUGCACACUUAUUCUAGUCUACACGCCCUGUGAGGAAGCUGCCACUGUAAGUCUGCAUGUGAUUAAUUGGGAUUUUGAUGUGAGGGUUUGCUAUAUUUCUAGCCAGCGUAGUUACUUGCAGAUGAGUUAAACAAGUUAAGUAUUGUGCCUGUCCAGAAGUCUGUAAACCUAGAACCCUCUGCCACUUUGUCUUCCCGAAAAGAUUUCCCAGACUGAAGUGUAUGUAUCCUUGAUGUUUGAAAAACAACAUGUCUAGUGAACAUGCAUAUCUCAGAGAGUGAAUUUGUUUUUCUAGAUAACCCACUUCACUUUGCUGAACAUAGACUGAACUCAAUUCAUUUGCAUCUGACUGUCAGAUGUAUUUAAUGUGCAGCCACAUUUUAAGAAUUUGUUGGGUUGUCAAAACUGCAAAUGUAUACAAACAUACUGUCAAAGCAUGUUUUUACAUAUGGGCCUUGGUUUCCCACCCUACAACAUAGACAGAUGGGUGGGCAAUGGUCUUCCUCAUGUAUAGCAUGAUAUAAAGAGACCGAAUUUGCAAAUGAGAAUGUAGCAAACAUUUGAAGAUUUGAAGAAAAAGUUGAUUCAUUCCUUGUCUCUAGACUGUUAAACUAGUGGAGUCUUUAAGAGAUGUCAUUGUAGCCUGUUUUUUUUUUGUGGGGGGGGGGAGUUAACUUCUACUUUAGUGGUUUUGAAAAGAAUUGUUUUGAGCACUGUCAGGGUUAAGAGAUGUGGGAGUAAAGCUGUUGAGCUGACCUCAUUGUGAUACUUAGAAAAAUGAACAUGCUGUGAUCCAGACCACAUUGCUUUGUUUGCCUGUUGUUAAUAAAUUAAGAGAACAGAAUUCAGUUUGAUACCCUAUGGCAAUUGUAUACUUUUCCUCUUGGGUGACUUAAGUGUUAGAAUUCAGAUGAUUCCACUUUUGCUAGUUUCUUUUAUGUUUAAACGAGUCUGUUAAGCUUAUACCUUUUAUAUUAAUUUCAUGCAUUUUUAUUCCCCAUCAUAAAUGCAGAAGCCAAAGGACUGUGAGUGGAACAGUAUAUUGGGCUGUAGCCCUGCCAUCAGUAAUUAUUUUGCCUCAUUAAUAUGCGAGGGGAUAAAUGUGUUCAGUAUACUGCAGUGGGAUGAGGCUCCUUUAACUAUACCCAUUCAGCAAUAUUUUUUGUACAAAAUGUGAGUUUAAGCAGUUAUUUUUUUUCAUUAAUAGUACAGUAUGUCUGCCCUUUUUUAAUGGGCAUGUUUAUAUUUUUGUUAGUAAAAUCUAAGUACAUUUUGGAAAGGUAUACGAUUCCAGCACUAUGUUCAACACCAUUUUUAAGACUGUACUUUGGUAAUCCAGUGACAGUUUUCUUUUCUGUUUAUAAACGAAAAUCUUUUGGAAGCCUUCACCUUUGCUGUAUGUAUGUGUGUUGGGGGGGUGUCCUUAAAAGUCUUUGCUCUUGUGUGGGAUACUUCAGGAUUAUUUCAGGAAUCCUAUAGUUCAAAAAGUGGCCUCCUUAACCAUUAGACCAACUUUAGUCACCACUGUUUGUGAUUUGCCAAGUUUACUAGUGAAAAACCAAAGCACCCAAAAUACAGCGAAGGACUCCAGCAGCCGUUUUACUUUAAAGUACAUAUAUCAAGGCACUCUAAAAAGUAAAAAUAACUCAACAGAGCACAGAGCCAAUUAUUUUUUCACAACACACCCAUUGAAGUAAAUGCCUACUAUGUAUUGUUCCAUAAUUUCCUGUAUAUUGUAUUGAACUCUGACAUUGUUUGUGUCUGUAGGCAAAUGUGAAGAGACUAGUAUUUCUUCAAACUGAUAAAAGAGCCGGGUAUUUCAUAUACCAGCUGUGUUCACACAAAGUAAGUUGUAUAGUCAGGCCAAGAUAAAAUACUGUGUAGCCAUUUGUAGUGUUUUUGAAUAACAAUCUGCAUAGUAUCAUUCUUCCUACACAUAUGUAAACUAUGAUCUAUGCAGAUGGUAGUUUCUUAAUGAGUAGAGUUAAUUAAAUUAUAGUCUGUGCUCACCUCUCCUUUUUGGCACUCAUAUGUACUUUCAGCAAUAACUGCUCAGAUACAAUGGCAGCCCAGGAACAGAUAAUGUCCAUUUAUUUUUCCGAUGAGUCUGAAAUGCAAGGAUCACUGCCAAUAUUUUUUUCUCUUCCCCAAUGUGUUGUGACUUUGGAAAUGAUUGUAAUAAGUACUGGGGUGUCAAGAUAACACCCCAAACCCCACUGCAUGGGAAGUGGUACAGGUGGGGGGAGGGCUUUUUACUACCAACCUAGAGCUGUUGUAGCAGCCCAACGUACCUCUAAUGAAUGUUGCUUCCUGAAGUCACAUUAGGGUCCUGACCUAAAGUUUCUUUCUUUGCCAUAACCAUGAAAAGUGUAGCAGCAGCAGAAGUAGGUAUGACAAACAGUCCGUGCAUUCAAGGAUGAUGCUUUUUUGUAACUACAAAAGGGCUGGAAGGUAAGAAAACAACAAAGCACUUAAAAUGCCACUGCAGAAUGAGGCAGUUCCUUUUCUGUUACCCAUCAAAAGUGUAUAGGCCUUCUGUCAUGUCGCCAUAACAAGGAAGAUAAAACUGAUGAAGGAUUGUUUAAAAAAAGGACAUAGAAGAUCAGUGACAUUUCUUUCAUGUCCUAGUUUUUUUCCAGACUAAGUUAUACACUGAAGUCUUUAAUUUUUUUAGUAGUCUGUAGCAACUGGAGCCCGUCUUCUGCAUCUAGAAGUAAGCAAGGCAGGAGUCAUUUGGCACCAUAUUUAAUCUGAACCCUUGAGCACAGCUUGUCUAUUAGAAAAAAGCAGUAUUGUAAAAAGUGACCUUUGUUCCUUUUUUGGAAAUAGAUAAAUAUGUACUACUGAAUUUUAUAUAAAGAGCAUAAAUAUAAAGUGAUAUAAAUUUGUAUAUUUUCAUAAUGUAGAAACGUUUGUGCUGCUUCAUUUGCAGCUCUGUUGGAAGCAUUCUUUUUUGGUUAAACCUGUGAUUACAAAAUGUCCUGCUGUAUUUUCUGUAUAAAUGAAUCAUAAAGACUGGAGCAGAAGAGCAACUACUGGUUUAUGUAUAUAUACAUAUAUAUAUAUAUAUAUAUAUAUAUAUAUAUAUAUAUAUAUAUAUAUAUAUAUUUGGAGUUAUUUUACACUAUAGCAUGCAGUUAUACUUUAUUGGAAACUCUUUUCAGAGAGUAGUUAUCAUUUUGAUAAUAUUUAGAUUUACAGAAUAAUCUGAAUUAUUUUAGUAAAAUGAAGUAAAACUAUUGUUAUAGUGUCCUGUUGGAUUUGAUCAGAAUUAAAAACAAGAAAUAUUCUUUGUA